GCGAACACAACAAUGUCAGAACACCGCGAACCUUGCGACGAAUUCACGUGAAAUUAAGAUAAACUUUCGAUAUUGUGUUACGAUGGAAGAGUUUCUAGGAGUGAAGUAUGUGAUGGUUGGUUCUGAAAACUUUGAGGAUUAUCUCAUUUUUAUAGGUGUGGGCUACAUAGCUAGGAAGGCGGCACUGACCCUUCGUCCUACACAUUGCCUAACAUUAAACGAAAACGGUACCUAUACAUUCAGUUUUAGUUCAAGGCUGGUGAAUUCUUCAGUCACAUUCGCUUUGGGAGUUGAGUUUGAUGAAGUCAAACCAGAUGGUAUUAAGGUAAAAAGCGUAAUUACAAUAGAAGGAAAUAAGAUGAUACACAUUCAACGAGAAGAAAAUGGCAGAACUUCGAAACACAUACGUGAAUUUUUCCAUGAUAAAAUGAUAGCGACGACUACUGCUGAAGGAUUAGACAAAAUUGUCAAAAGAUACUUUGAGGCAGUUCGGUGAUAAAUGAUUGACGACGAGGAAAAAAUAGUCAAAGUUUUAUUUUACACUUUACUUUACUUUAAGAAAUAA